UGUCUGUCACCAUUAUAUUCCUCCUGCUAAUUCACUGCUAGCUGCUCUCCUCCCCAACUUUCUCUCAUCACUCUCUCUCCUAUAUAACACUACCUACACUAUUCUCAUCUAAUCUCUUAACAUACAUUCCCUCUGCUUUCCUCCUCACAAGUCACAACAAUAUUAAUGGCGGACCACAGUCACCUACUUUAUGAUUUCUGGAGCCAGCAGCAGUCCUCUAAUUCCGCCGCCACAGACAUGAUUCCUAUCCCAAAACCUAAAUCAAAAGUAAUUUCAUCUUCUAGAAUGUUCUCUUGUCUCUAUUGUUCUCGCAAGUUCUGCACUUCUCAAGCACUAGGGGGACACCAGAAUGCUCACAAGCGUGAAAGAGCCGCUUCUCGACGUAAUAUGUUCUCCACCACCCCUACCACCACUACCGACUCCGACCGUAACAAUAACAAUCAUAUGCUCCGCUUCCAUUUUCUUAACAACAACAACGACAUUGAUCAGAAUAUGCCUCAACAGAAAAUCAUCAUCGAAGACAGUAAUGGUAAUUACCCCUACAAUAGGACUUCUAAUUACUGCUGCCAGCUUCAAGCACCUCCUUCAAACCUUUUCUGUUCCUCCUCAUCCUCUCAUGACGGUUUCUAUCCUCCUCCACCGAAUCAUGGAUAUGCUUCUACUCCCCAGGAUAUUGAUGAACGCCACCUGAAUCUCGACCUAACCCUUCGUUUGUAAGAGAAAAUGAGUACUGCUCUCAUCUGUUUUUAUCCCUUUUAAAAUUUUCAGUUUUUUUCUUUUUCUUCUUCUUGUUUAGAACUACUCAGGCGUCAGAUCUAAUGUAUUAAUUAAUCGCUCCAUUACUAGCUAGCUAGCUACAGUCUUAAUUCCUAAUUGUACUAGUUUAAAACUUUUGUUGAGAUCUAUGAGCUUUCUUUUCAUUUCCUGUUUAAUUAGUUUUACAUGUAUUUACUUAUCGUUAAACAAAGCAAAUCCUAUUUACCUAAUUAA